AUGGUGCAUUCUCCUAGUACACCUACUGCUGGUGAUGGAAAAGCACAGUACGAAUUUACACCCAUAGGACAAGCUAAAAGCGUAUCAAAGCCAGGAAGUCCCUCUGAUGACCCGAAAAAGCGGGCAUCUCAAAUAGAAGAAUCGUUACUGAGUCCAGAAAGAGAAGAGGAUGGACCACGUAAAAGGGCCAGAACAUCCGAUGAUACCUUGAACUCAACACGGAUAUUCAACGAGUCUUCAUUCGAUGAUACGCUGCCUUCUCAUGCCGGAAUACCCAGUCUACGAAGGAAUCGAGCUAAUGAGAUCAUCGGUCAAGCAAACGGCGAUAAUGAAAACGUUGGAGCGUCUAAUCCAUUAAAGGAGCAGCAGGACACGAUGUAUAAGCUGAAUGUGGAAAAUUACAACCUCAGAGUGAAGUGCAACAGUCUGCUGAAAUUUUUGAAUAAUGUAACAGAUGAAGGAGAACUCAAGGAAAACCUAGCCAUUAUGGAUGAGCUUCAGGACUGGAAAUCCAAAUAUCAAAAGCUUGCAGCGUCAUACAGGGAGCUACAGCUGAAAUUUGAUGAAAGUGGGGACUUGGAAAGCCGCAGGCGAGAAACCACCCUACAAAAUGAACAGCUUGCAGAUUUGGAGGAGAAACUGAGAGAAUACCAGGAAAGCGUCAGCAAGUCGAAAGAACACAUCACUAAACUUGAAAAUAAACUAAAGAUCUCUACUAAUGGAUCGAACGCAAGAGGAGGCGAAUUAGAGGUUAAGGUUCGAGAGCUACGCGAACAAAUCCAUCAUUUAGAAGCUCAAAUCGCUGAAAAAACUAAACAAGUCAAAGAUAGGGAAGGAGAGAUCGACAAACUCAACAGCACCUUGAAACGGCAAGAUGCUGCUUAUCAGACUCUACAAAAAAAGACUGAGCAGCAACUGCAAAAAAUCGAAGAUCUAGAACUAAAGGUCCAAAAUACCGAGCAACAGGUUCAAAAGUUGAAACGAGCGUUGGAGACCGCCAGAAGCGAGUUACAAACUACAACACUCGGAACGGAAACGCGCGAUGCUAGUACACAGCUGCGAAUUGAUAGCCUUCAGGAUACUAACUCCAGACUACAAAGAGAACUGGACCAAGCUCUGUCCGAGUUCCACCAAAGCCAAGCGCAGAUAGAAAAGCUCAAUUCAAGGGCUAAAGAUAUGGCCGUCAACAUAAAGAUGAAAGAUGAUCAGAUACACACUUUACAGCACGAAAUAAAGCAAACACGCCACCGGGCGUCUCAUCGCAAGGAUGAUGUACAAGAGAACAGCUUACUGAAUGAAAAAGUGAAAGCCUUGACCGCUGAACUUCAGCGCAUAAUAAAGGAAAAGGAGAGCCUAGAAAAGGACAACGACAGCCUGCGGGAAAGAAUCGUCACACAGGCAACCAGAUCACCGGCGUUGAAGGAGAAUCGAAGGACGCAGGAGAGGGCGCUUGACAUUUCCAAACUUCAACUCAGAGUGGAGGAGCUGCAAAACGAACUGAACCUUUCACAAAAGUCAGCUGUUGCUGCCAGACAAAACCACAGCAUGGAAGUAGAACGGCUACAAGCUCAGAUUGAGAAUUCCGAUAUGCAGCCGUUCAUGGCAAAGAGAAAAUUAGAGAAGGAAGUCAGCAUUCUGAAAAUGGAGCUUGAGUCUCUUCGCGAGACAAAAGAUCGCGAAAUCUCGCUAUUGGAAAACAGAUGCGAGAUGCUGAAAAAGGAAAACGCACAUUUGUUGCAGCAAGCUGCUUCGCAAGCAGACCUAUCUCAAAGGCAGAUUGCGGAGAAACAAAAAGAGAUUGAUGAGUUGAUUCAAAGAUGUAGUGGUCUGUCCACUGAAAGGUUAAAACUAAAGAAAGAUUUGAGCCAAGCACAAGAAUCUGAAGCACAGAAGAUCGGGGAAAUGUCAAAACAAGCAUCUCGUCUGGAAUAUGUGACGAAUGAAUUUGUAAAAUAUAAAGAAUUGACAGGAUCCAGCUCUGACCCGAAUGCAGCGACGCUCAAUGAGAGGUGGUCUGAAAAAUAUCGAAACAUGAAGCGCAAGAUCCUUCAAGAGCUGAAGGCUUUGCAAAGCGAAAACCUCGAUCUCGAAAGGAGACUUUUGGAGGGCAGAAAGCCAGUUCCACGCUCUGCAAGCCCUGAUUUGAACAAACUAUCCCUAAAGGACCAACUUGACUAUUACAAAUUACGGUAUCGUCACGAAACUGUGCACAACAGCGAUUUGCGGGUCAUGAACGAAUACUUGAAUAGAGUGCUGAGAGCCAGCUCUCGGCAUCUUCGUCUUGACAUAAUGAAGCUUGAAGACGAGGCUUUAUCGGACCUUUCGCCAGAUUACACCAGUCACCAUCGUCGUCGUCUGAAGUUUAAAACCGUGGCCUUGAUGGUCUUGGCCGCCGUUCGCUUCGAACACGCCGCGCAGAGAGUACGUUGGGACGCCCAGCGCCUUCAUUACCUCCGACAAAAAAUUGUGCUGGACCAAGACCGCGUUACUUGGUAA